UAAUCAUGCAGGAUUUUCUGUCUUCAUGUCUGGAUCACAGCAAGAGCAGGAAGCCAAUUACUGUCUUGCAAGGCCAGCACCAAAGCCUAAGGGGAAAUCAAGGGCCACCAAACACAAAUUGUGCUCAGGGUUGUGGGCAGGUUUUUACAAAGUGUCUGCAUGCUGCAGGAGGAAGCUGCCUGCACGCAAGUGCGCAACCUUUGCCUCUGCAGGGCCUUGGCUGCGCUGGUUAUUGAAGGGCACAUUCAGGGUGGGUCACAGCCGGCACCCAGCCGGGGGUUUUUCUCAUUGUUACAUUGUGUGCUCCACAAACUGCAGUCGGCGAGGACUGACACCUUCACGGUGGUGGUCAGAUCUGAUUCGAGGCAAAUCGUAGCUGCUUCAAUUUCUUAUCCCCUAAACUGAGUCAGGAUGAUUCAUCCGUUUUUAGACGGCACCCACCUAUAGAAGGUGGGUUUGAGCUGCGUGCCUCUUCCUUCAGACGCUGUAAGAGUGUGAGAAUUACCGGUGCUUCCCCGGUCCCCGUGAGCGAGUUAACCCCGCUGGCUCCUGCGGAAGGCCUCGCUGCCUCUGCCUGUGCCGUUCCGCGUCCCUGCCGCGCUGCGGCCGCAGCCGAGCAUGCGGCAGCGCUCGCUCGAAGCUGCGGGGUGGGGCUGGGGCGGUGCCUGCAGCCCGCCUUGGCCCCGGCCCGACACCGCAGCGCCCUCGGGGCCGGCAGGCGCUCGGACACCGAGCGGGCCCACGGUGAGCACCGGGCCCGUGUCCCUGCUCCUGCCCUCGCAGCUCUUUCUCAGCUUUUCCCCGGCGCUGGAGCUGUCCCAGGGUAGCGGGGUGAACUCGCGGGGAGUCGCGCCGCCGCCCCUUUCCCAGGAAAACGGGUGAGAAACAGCCCGGACCCGGGCCUUACACCGGGCCUGUCAUGUGCCCUUUGGAGAAUUUUCACCAAAUUUCACCUGAAUGUGUCUGGACUUAAUGUUUUGGUAGUUUUAACCUGUAAGCAGUGGAUGUAAACCCGAGAGUUAGGCUCCGAGUUUUGGGGAAAGUUUAAUGUGUUUUUCUGAGCUCAGUUUUCUCAGCUGCAAACCUGGUAUGUCUUUAGCUUUUCAGGGCUGUUUUAGGCCUAGUUUUAUUUUAAGCAUUUUGAGGUCCUUAGGAUGCUUUUAACAGCACAGUGAAUUUCUUUCCUUAAAAAAAAAAAAAAAAAAAAAAAAAAAAAAAAAAAAAGGCAUACCAUAGAAGCUAAAAAUAGGAGAUAAAGAGUUUUUAUCUAACCACAACUUUGUGUAUUGCAUAGAAAAGGCUUCCAACAGGACAUGAUGAUGAAGCAGUUCAUGGCCAUGUUAAAGAAGAAUGAAAAUGAGCAUUGCCCACCCACCAAGCUGUUGAAUCUAGCAGGACAGCUUUGCCAGCAGCUCCAGAGCUCGUCUCCUAGCCUGGAGAAGCUGGUUGAAGCCAUGAUGGGAUGCAAGAACAAGAAAUAUUUUCUCACUAACAUCCACGUUGUCCGGGCCUGUGUGUCUGUUCAUAUCCAUAAAAGGCAGCAUGAUGCAGCCUGCAGACUCCUGGAGUAUUGCGAGGCAGAAGAGAAGGAAGAGCUGGUGCAACUUUGGCAUGAGAUUCACUACCGGAGGGUUAUGGAGAAGCAGCAGAAAGAUUGUCUGACACCACUGCAGAAAUUCCGUUGCAGGAAGAGGAAUCCUCCACCUAUUUCCCUUUGUCCUGAAGGUUUGAAGACUCGAAACUAUUCGGAACAAGUACGCCAGUGCCUGCACAGGUUUGCUGCAGAGGUGACAGCAAAUCCAAACAAGAAACAGCGGGAGGGAUUGGCUCGGGACAUGAACCUGCAGCCAACUCAGGUCUAUAACUGGUUUGCAAAUUAUCGGCGACGUCGAAAAUCCCGUCCUCGUGUGAAAGAGCUCAACAAUCCAUGUCCUGAGAGGGCUUUGGCUUCCCACACAAAUGAGCCACAGGAUAAAGGAUCCCACACUCCACAAACUGCAGAUGGAUCUCGUGUGGGCAUCAGCCCUGAGCAGAUGGAGACAACCCUCAUGCCCUGUGAGGCAGGAGGGGAGCAGUCAGCUGCAGCUCUGCAUAAGCCUCCUGGAGGAACGUGUUUGAAGAUGCUGGAAUGCAGCUGUAUGCAGAGCCCUGAGCAGUGUGAAGCUGGAACAAGCACGGCUUUGUUCACCACUCACAGCGCUGAACAACCUGUACCUGCUGGCACUGAGGCUGUGAUGGAACCAGGAACCUGCUUUGGCCCUCCUGUGCUGCUGCCUGGAGAAGCAGUGAGCAGGGCUGCUGCCAGCCCCGGGCAGGGGAGCUUUGCCCCGUGCUCUUACGAGUCCCUUCCCUCUGUGAUUUAUUGUCUGCCCUUGAGGCAGGCCCCUUACAGCACCAGAGGAGACCCUGGCUCCAUGUGGACCCCAGUUCCUCUGAGACUGUGUUUGGCAAGCCUCAGUGCCCACCUGUUUCUGUACCCUGUGUGGAAGAAAGCCAAGCCUUGGGACCAAGCCAGGUCCCGGAGGAUCCAGAUGUUGACUCACUAACCAACGACCUGUACAAGGCAGCGUACCUGCUCUAUGAAUUUUAUGCCAGUGGACACAUGUGACCUGCCUGCAGAUACACCCCAUGCCUCUGCACUUCUCCAGGAAAUACCCCAUUGCUUCCUAUAUAUAUAUAUAUAUAUAUAUAUAUAUAAUGGAAGAGGAAUCUGACAGGGAGAUGAUUAGAGUGAGGGAGGAGGAUGCAGGUGUUUCCAAUGGUUACAAAGUUUGGUUUAGUUACAGUUUAUUAAGAAUUUUGCAAAGGAUAGAAGAAAGCAAAGAUGUACUGUGGACUGUAGGUUUUUCCUGGAGUGGUCUGAAGCUGCACUGGAAAUGUUAAAAUUAUCAAGGCACUGGUUCUGUGGCAGUAGCAUAGAUCUAAUCAGCACUGGCCAACUCUGAGUCCUUGGUUGCAUCAUGAAGGUAAAAUGAAGCUCCUGUGCUCAAAGGAGUAAAAUGUGGUUACAUUGCCUUGCAGUGGAUAUCGGAUAACCUUUUCUCAGGCUUGGAAAAUACAUCUCAGCUGAGUGCUGGUAAAAUACUGCUACUCCUUAUCCCUGCUUUCCUGUUGCACUGCAGGAUGUAACUUCUGGAGCGUUCCAUACUCUGUAGUGCCACAGGUGACACCAACUGGAGCACAGCAGACUUCUGGUGCUAGGGCAUGCCUCUUUUUGUGGUGUUUAAUACAAGAAGUAGCAAGGCAAGCCCUUCAUGCAGGUUUAAAACUAACCCUGCAAGUUAUAGGGUGGGAAUUUGGGUAUUUUCCUGAAGUGCUACUGUUUUUUAUGAAAUCUGUUUUGCAAAAUGUGUCACCUUUGCAAACCCGCAGCCCCGAGAUACAGGGAGAAGAUGCCGCCCUUACCUUUUGUUACAAAGUUUUCAAAUAAAGAUUUUCGCUUACUGUUUCUCCAGGGUUCCUUUUUUUUUUCAAGGUAAGAGUGUGAAGUUGUAAUUUUCACAUGGCAAUUAUGUAUUAAAACACAGGACCAGCUGCCCUGGGAACACUUGUGGGUGCUGAGAGCCUGAAGCCUCCGUUGUUUUGGUGGAUCUCGCUCGGAAUGCCCCUUUCUUGUGCGUGUUUGGAACAGCCGUGCUUGGAAGGGUCACACACGUUAUCGUUUAUUGCCGUCACCAGCGGGGCCGUGAGUGAAUCCGGGCAUUUGUACAGGGAGCAAAGACACACGAACACCGUGAGGGCG